AUGGACAUGUUGACCAAAAAUGAACCACAAAGCCCCACUUUGCUCGACAUGGAAUCAUCGUCUUCCAUUACACGAGCGGAUUCCGUAUACGCUGACUCGAUUGAUCAAGUUUCGAUUCGCUUGCUUCGCUUCUCAGAGUCAGAGGAUGAUGGUGUCUUCACUGGUAAAUUAGAAACAUUUCGCCUUGCAAGUGCGCCGCAUUUCUACACCGCAAGCUAUGUCUGGGGAACCAAGACGUACUCGAGCACAACCGUUCGGCUGAAAACCGGAUCGCUAUCUGUGCUGAGCAGUCUGGCUCCUUUCAUGCACAUGGUCACAAAGCAUAAAGAUUUCGGCAACGACGACUGGUGGUGGAUUGACUCGCUAUGCAUCAAUCUGGAAAAUGGGCACGAACGGGAGAAGCAGAUACAAAUCAUGGCAGAUAUCUACAAGAGGGCGAAGAGAGCGAUAAUAUGGUUGGGUGAAGAGCGAGAAGAAGGCAGUGAUUGUACUGGUGCGAUUGAGUUCCUGCACUAUCUUUCCACCCUGCAGGUUGCUUUUGAUAGAGAUGAUGCGGCGAUGCGGCAAAAUCUCGAGGAUCCAGAGUUUACUUCCAAGUGUGCGGCUGUGAGCAAAUUGCUAUUCAGGCCAUGGUGGACUCGGGUCUGGACGCUACAAGAGUUUGUACUCUCCAAAGAAGCGAAGCUCUACUGUGGCCCAAAAAGCAUCAGCCGUGGCAAGCUCAAGAGCGCUGUGUACAGCAUCUUUCUAUGCAGCACCAUCAGCAGCGAUUUCGAACACGAACUAGUGCCUCGUGUAGCAUUUGAUGGAGCCUUUAAUCGCAGGAGGAUUCACCAAUGGCAUACCAGAAUCGAUUCUCGAGGCAUCAGCUUGAUUUCCAUCAUGGCUUACCUGGGCAACCACUCGGCAACGGAUAGCAGAGAUCGCAUCUUCUCUGUAUUGGGGCUUAUCACUUCGAGAGAUCGCAAGCUGAUUGGGACACCGGAGUAUAGCUCGAGUGCGGAGCUCCAGUUUGCAAAGCUCGUACGCUCGUUUUGGAACGAAUAUGGGAGCCUGGAUAUCAUUUGCUUUGUCCACUUAUUCAGUCGCUUCUCUGGACCAUUUGAUCCUGGCCCGGAUAAUUCGGUGCCUCACUGGGCGCCAGACUGGAGAGCCACGAUCGAAUUUGCCUCCCCUGUUCCCAUGAUGGUAAGUCAGAGUGCUAGCGAGCACAUUGGAAACUUCCGACCGCUCAAGUCUGCUACUUGGAACGCAACAUACAAUGCACCUGGCGAACUGAGCAAAAAAGCAAACGUACAUUUCUCCCAUGACCUCCAAGUGUUGCAUUGCGACGGUGUCAUACUAGACACAAUCCAUGGACUCGGCGGCCUAGACGACCGUCAACUCCGCUGCCAAAGUUUCAUCUGCGCAGAAACUGGCCACACGAUCCUCCAGUCUAGCACAAACCAGCAAUCAGGCCCAAGAGCCAACAUGCUCCCCACCGACUGGAUCGAGCUCAUCGCCCGCUCCCUCGUUCUCAAUCGACAAGACAAGUACUUCUGCUUCCACGCACCAACCCACUACACCACCGACUUCCUCCACCUCUGCCACGCAUGCCUCGCCCACGCGCCCGUCGACUGGAGCUUUUCAACCUGGUUCGAGCACAACAAAGCCCUCGUCUUCGGCACCCAAACCCUCCUCGACCUCGUAACCAAUAUCCCCUCUGAACCCCCGUCUUCAAGGUCAGACCUACGUCGCCCGCCUUCCUAUCCCGUUCGCCCGAGGAGCGACUUUGGUUCAGACAAGCCUGAUGGCUUUCUCUCCCGCUUCCACGAUACAGUGCGGAAGAAGGCGCGGCGCCUUAUGGUUACGCAUCAAGGCAUCGUGGGCAUGGCGCCUUGUCGUGCGCGGUCGGGUGAUGUAGUCGCCGUCAUUUUCGGCUGCAGUAUCCCACUUGUGCUGCGCGCGGUAGGCCAGGGGUCCUGGCAAGUCGUUGGGGAAGCGUAUGCGCAUGAUUUCAUGAACGGGGAGGUUGUGGGCCUGGUGAAGAGGGGGAAGAAAGAUGGGUGUCGGUUUCGACUUGUUUGA